UCGAGCACGGGAACGCGCGCGCGCCCUCAGGGCUCGCUCCCGCUCUGCUCCUCCUCCUCCUCCUCCCUCCCCUUACCCCCCGCCCGUGCCGAGGUCUGGGCCGGGUCCGGCGGCGGAGGGCCCUAGGAGGAGCCCCAAGGAGGACAUCGGCCGCCUCUGCAGCGCUGCCCUCCUCCACCUUGGCAUGUGCUGGGCAGCGGCUCGCAGCUCCCCAAGGGAUGGAGCCCUGCCCCCAGAGGCAGGGGUGUGGUCCCUGAGGCCCGGGGCCGCCACCUGCUAGCCGACCUCCUCCCUGCUUCCCGGCUGCCUGGGGAGAUGGAAGAGAAGGAGAGGUGUGAUCCAGCCCCCUCAGCAGCCUUCAGUUAAAGUUCACUGCUUCUCCAAGCCAGCGAGAAGGGGAUGACGCUCCUGGGUUGGGGACAUUUCGGGGGGACCCAGCGCUUUAGCAGUAGAGAUAACGGCCCGAUAAACUGAAGCAGAAAGAGUUGUUUUUCUCUCGAAAAGGGGAUUUUGUUUUAAGGUUUUUGUUUCUGCUGCUGUUUCCAGCCUCUCCUCCGAGGUAAAUCAUGGCCCCUAGAGACUGAGUGAACCCCACCAAUCCCGGAAAGACCCAGGAGGCUGCAUUCUUCCUCGCAGGGGAAGGGUGGGGAGCUUCCCAGGCCUCCUCUUCCUGGAAAAUAAAAACAUGAGUUGCAUGCCAUGGAGAGGUGACAAGACCAAAUCAGAAUCAUUGGAAUUGCCCCAGCCAGCGCCCCCCCAGAUCUACCAUGAGAAGCAGCGGCGGGAGCUGUGCGCCCUCCACGCGCUCAACAACGUCUUCCAAGACAGCAAUGCUUUCACCCGGGAAACACUACAGGAGAUUUUCCAGAGGCUGUCUCCAAACACCAUGGUGACGCCCCACAAGAAGAGCAUGCUGGGAAAUGGGAACUACGAUGUGAAUGUCAUCAUGGCGGCCCUUCAGACCAAAGGCUACGAAGCGGUUUGGUGGGACAAGCGAAGGGACGUCAGCGUCAUUGCCCUCUCCAACGUCAUGGGCUUCAUCAUGAAUCUCCCCUCCAGCCUCUGCUGGGGUCCUCUGAAGCUCCCCCUCAAGAGGCAGCAUUGGAUCUGCGUCCGAGAGGUGGGAGGCACCUACUACAACCUUGACUCCAAGCUCAAGGUGCCCGAGUGGAUCGGAGGCGAGAGUGAGCUCAGGAAAUUUUUAAAACAUCAGCUCCGAGGAAAGAACUGUGAGCUUCUGCUUGUGGUCCCAGAAGAGGUGGAGGCCCACCAGAGUUGGAGGGCGGACGCGUAAUUCAGCUCCGCCUUUCUUUCCUCUUCCUCCCCGCCUUCCCCUCCCCAAGAGCCUUUGCUGUGUCGUGGCCUGUGUCGCCACAGGUCUCUCUCCUGCCCCCACAUCUUGUUGGGUUGGUUCUUCCCAGACUUGACGAUGCAGUCGAUCAGCUGGGAGGACAGCCCUUUGUUCCUGGAGAAGGACGUGAAGAUGGGGUCCGAGCUCCCGUGGGCUUGCCCGCGGAGCCGAGGAGGAAGGGUGGUCCUGGCAUUGCCGCUCUCCUUCCCUGCAGAGGUCCCGCAGCGGACCUGACCCAACCUUUGCUGGAGUUAACCGCCCGCCGCCCCUGAUCUGGAGAUGCUGCCUCCACUUUCCCUUUCCUGUCAACCUAAUGGUUCUGAAGAUACUCAUGAAGCCCAGAUGACUGGCUUGGAAGGCCAAAAGCAUAGGGGUCUCUCAGGAAAUCAUCUUCAUAACCUUACUGAGCAAUGGUACAGCGUGCCGAAUGUCCACCCUAACGGAGGAGAUCUCGAAAGGAAACGGGCCAUCUUGAGUGUUUCCCCAAAGGAGAAUUUCUUUAACUCGGGCAUUAGUUGAAUCUCACCAUGUUUCAGAGGGGCAAGGGUGGGGUGGCUGCACAUACACUAAGUGAGGGUAUGACCUGGUCUCAGGGGGCUUAUUUCAUGAAGUCCCCAGCAUUUCACUACAUGCUGUGGAAGUGUCGGGGGAGGGCACCACAGCAGGAAGGGAAGAGGGCAUCUUCAACUUGACCCUCAAGUGUCUCGAGAGGAGGAGUUGACAAAGGAGUUCUAGUGAUCGAGGACUAGAAGGGCACAGAAAGUGUUGGAGCCAACGGGACUGGGAGCGGAGGCAGCUCCAAGAGCCAGAGCCUUCCAGUCAGGGCGGCCUCAGCUUUGUGGAACGUGGCCUUUGACAAGUUAGCUCAGGAAUGACCUUUAUCUGUCAGGUGACAGCUUUUUUCAGGUGGCCAUUUUUCUCUUAAAACUCUGGAAGGUGACGGGCAGAAGGCAAGUGAUGGUGACUGAGCUCCCCUGACCGGGUCAUGCGAGUCGGGGCCACCCGAGAUACGGAAGCACGGGAGUGGGCCGUUCUUGAUGCUGAUGCUAAUGGGCAAGAGCUUCACGCCACAGGGGGGCCGCGACUUCUCUCCCGCAGCAGAACUAGGACCACAGGACGAGCCUGGGCAGGCCUCGCUGGCCCGAGCCCUGAGGAGCUUUCUCCCACCUGUGACUGGAGCGCAUGUUUACACCAGCACUCUUCUGCACACUUACCUACAAUCCAACAAGGCCAUUUUUUAAUGCUGAAUGACGGCAGCCAGAAAGCAGUUCCUGCAUCACACCCUCCCAGCACCCGGUCGCAAUGUCUCCUGCACCGUUUUCCAAACUAGACCUGCUGCUUGGCCCCUCGAGGAGCUCUGUGCCCCCUGCAAGAUGACAUUCCAUUCACCACCACCAGCCAGAAGAUCCAGCCAACUUUGGUGGGCCUGUAGGAGCUCUGUCCGAUGACAGCAAGCCAUUUCCUGGGAAGGAACCUGCUUAGAUCCAUGCAAAUGGCACGAGGCCUCUUGCACAUGGAGUCCACAAGCCAAUGGAAUAUGCAAAGACGAUUUACAAAUAUUUCAGGGCUGGUUUCUCUGUUCAUAUCCAACUCUGGUGCUCAGGAACAGGGACCCAUGCUGAUGCCCAAGGGCAUGGAGAUCCUAUCCCUAUAGGGAAGGGGGGGGUCCCCUGCCCUAUUGCCCAUCAGUGGGCAACCCUAGGCUGUUUAUUUUUCUUGCUUCCCUUUCUUCCAUUUGUUGGCCUUGUGCUGGGUUUGUUUACAGAGGAUGUAUUUUGUUUAACCAAAUAUUUAAAAAAAAAAAAAAGAAAAAAAAAACCUCUCCAUAUAUAAAAUCCCUUUACUCGUCUGUCUGCCUGAGUUCUGUAAUUAUGUAAAAGGAAAAAAAAAUAAACCUUUUUCUUUA